UUUUUUUGGAUGUGAAUAGAUUAGAAAAUUAAAUUUCGCAUAGGGAAACUUUUCAAAAAAUAAACGAACGAUUCCAUUGGUUUCGUAGACUUGGCUCCAUCUUUAUUUUUUAUUUGUUCCCCUAAUUAAUAGCAAUCUAAUUUUAUUGUGUGUUGAGUAUAUUUAUUAUGAGUGUUUGUUGACAAAAAAUAAAUUUAAACUAAAAAUAUUUGCUACUAAAGGAGACGAUCAAUUUAUCAUUUUCUGAGUCAUGAAAUGCGGUGUAUUGUUUAUGGUUUCUUGUCUUCUCACAUUCCUCGUUCUCAACCAUAUUAGAGUGGUGGAAUCCAAAACAAAAUGGGGAUGCGACAUGAACAGGCCUUUUCCUGGACAGUGCGGACCUAAUGGAAAGAAUACAUGUAUAAGCGACAUAAAAAAAAUACAUGGUGCGCCAAAAGAUCUUGUCGCACGUUGCGAAUGUUCUCAACGUUUUGUUUGGAAGGGUAACCCUCCCGAGCGUUUAUGUAAAUGUCAAUAUGAUUGUUAAGUUUUACUAUAUCACCAUAACCAAAAUCUCUUUACUAAUAAAUAAGAGAAAAGCUCUAAAGAGGUUUUGAUGAGAUA